UGGGUUUGAUCGCCGGCGGUAAAAACAGUCCAGUCAACAUGGCGUCCUCCAUGAAGAAGGCAGCCCACGACAUAGAAACUCGAAAGCGAACCGACGAUGUGCUUCUAUCGGAGGGGAUCGACUUCGGCUCCCUGCUGCUGUCCCCGGCCGUGCUGGACGGACUGUCGGCGGCAGGCUUCCGGAAACCCUCCCCCAUCCAGCUGAAGGCCAUCCCGCUGGGCCGCUGCGGACUGGAUCUGAUUGUACAGGCCAAGUCUGGUACGGGAAAGACGUGCGUGUUCUGCACCAUCGCCUUGGACUCUCUGGUCCUGGAGAAUCCUGCAACUCAGGUUCUUGUUUUGGCUCCGACCCGUGAGAUAGCGGUGCAGAUCCACUCAGUAGUGAUGGCCGUAGGCUGUGCCAUGGAGGGUCUGCAGUGCCACGUUUUUAUCGGAGGUCGGCCCGUAAGUCAGGACAAACCCCAUCUGAAGAAGUGCCAUAUAGCUGUGGGCUCACCAGGUCGGAUCAAGCAGCUCAUAGAGUUGGGCAUGUUGUCCACUGCCAGCAUCAGGCUGUUUGUUCUGGAUGAGGCAGACAAGCUCCUGGAGGAGGGCAGCUUCCAGGAGCAGAUCAACUGGAUUUUCUCCUCUCUGCCUGUGAACAAACAGAUGCUUGCUCUCUCCGCCACCUACCCAGAAUCCCUUGCACAGCACCUCACCCGCUACAUGAGAGAGCCCACAUUUGUGCGACUCAAUCCCAGUGACAUGGGCCUCAAAGGUCUGAAGCAGUAUUACAAACUGGUGCAGUCCCAUCCGUUACCUCACAAGGUUUUCGAGGAGAAGGUGAAGCACUUACUGGAGCUGUUCAGUAAAAUCCCAUUCAACCAGGCCCUAGUGUUCUCCAAUCUACACACAAGGGCUCAGCACCUGGCAGACAUCUUGUCCUCCAAAGGCUUACCUGCUGUUUGUAUCUCAG